AUGUCGAACAUCCUGAUCGUAGGCGCAACCCGCGGUCUCGGCGCCUCCCUCGCAAACCAAUAUGCCUCGCACCCCAACACCACAGUCUACGGCACGACCCGCUCCGCUGAACCUCCAAAAGGAAAGGGACAUGAUGAGAAGAUAAACUGGGCGAAGGGUAUAGAUCUCAAUCAGCCGGAUGUUGGGAAGAAGCUAGUUGAGGAAUUGGGCAGCCUUGGGGUGGAAGGUGGUUUGGGCAUUAUCAUAACAGCAGGGUACUUCGCGACUGAGGAUUGGAAGACGGGACCCAAGUGGGAGGAGGAGGUUAGGAUGUACACAACAUCCUCAAUCGCACCCCCCUUCUUGAUCCACUCUCUCCACUCCAACAACUACCUCCGCCCCGGCUCUAAGGUCCUCCUCGUCUCCUCGGAAUCCGGGUCUAUCACUCUCCGCCAUUCGAAAGAAGGAGGGGGCAACUACGCACACCAUGCUAGCAAGAGCGCGCUGAAUAUGGUGGGGAAAUUGUUGAGUUUGGAUUUGAAGGAUCAGGGAGUUGUGGUGGGCAUUGUGCAUCCGGGCUUUAUGAGGACGGAGAUGACGAAAGGUGUGGGGUUUGAUAAGUUUUGGGAUGAUGGGGGCGCUGUUACCCCAGAUGAAGCGGCGAAGAGCUUGAUUGAGUGGACGGAGAAGCUGGAUAUGAGUAAAACAGGGCAAUAUUGGGCUCCUCGAGGACCUCGAGAUAUCGGCACUGCAGACGUGACAAUCGGGACGGACCUCCCUACACCUUUACAAUUACCUUGGUAACGACUCAAUAAAUCCCAAAACAGCUUCACCAAAAACCUCAAUUGCUUGAACUUCGGCCUACUCUCCAUGCAUUCUUGCCAAUCAUUAUCCCAGCCAGAACAUAAUCCAGCUUUCCUUCACACCAAAUUCGGAUCCUAAUGCCAUCAUAUCAGACUGAAAGGUAGUUCAUCCAUCCACUUCCAUUCCGUGCAGCU